GUGACUGAGAACGGAGCCCUUGAGUGAGCUUGUUUUGUUUUGCCCUUUUCUGAGCUUUCGUUUCAAAUUUCGUUUCACAACUCACUCUCGCGCAUUUCGCAUCGUUCUUUCCGCCAUUUUUUUCAGUGUUCACCCGCCAUAGCCAGAGACAGACGUGUAGUAGCCGAGCUUCCUUCCUUCCACCUAUCCCUUUUUCUGUUUGUUUGGGAGGUGGGGGAGAAAUUGUAAAAAUGGGGUCGAAUUCGGUGGGAGCAUUUCAGGACUUGAAUCUGUGCCCGGCCGCCGCCGCCACUUCGUCCGCCGUCAGUCCUCUUCUCGUCCCUAAAAUUGAGCCCAAACAAGAGCCCUUGGACGGGCCAUUCUUUCCAUCCCCGUCCCCGUCCCCGUCUCCAUCCCCAUCCCCCUUCAAUUUCAAUUUCAAUUUCGGUUUUGGUUUCGGUUUAUCGACCCCUAAUUCCGUCCCCCUGACCCCCGGAAGCGGCAACGCGGUGUUCACGGCGGAAUUCAAUCGGCUUACGCAACUUUUCCACACCACCUUCUCUGACAACCCUGGAGGUGUGGCCACGCCCGCUCCCGCGGCCGAACUGGACCCUAAUUCAAGGGCUAUAGUCCCAGUCGUGGAGCCGAAUGGCCACCUAACGAACGUUGUCCUGACGCCCUCGGGCCCGAAGAAGUCCAAGCCCCGCUCCUCGGAGCUGGUUCGAGUUACAGAUCUCUCACCUGAUGACUGGAACUAUUUCCGGGAGCUAAUUCGGCGGACGCGAAUUCUGUACAAUUCCUUGCGCGUGCACACACUCGCAGAGGACGAGCGGCUCAAGGAUUCGAUGCCUCCCCACCGGAGACCUAGGGCGGACUUGAAGGCCGCCCAAAUGAUGAGGGACCGCGAUCUGUGGUUGAACCGUGACAAGAGGGUCGUUGGGGAGAUCCCCGGAGUCUCGGUUGGGGAUGUCUUCCUUUUCAGGAUGGAGUUGUGCGUCCUUGGGUUGCACGGGCAGCCACAGGCGGGGAUUGAUUAUGUCCCCUCCAGUCAGAGCUCGAACGGGGAGCCCAUUGCAACGAGCAUUAUUGUUUCUGGAGGAUAUGAGGACGACGAGGAUGCAGGGGAGGUUCUUGUGUACACUGGGCAUGGCGGACAGGACAAGUACAAUAGGCAGGUUGUGCACCAGAGGUUGGAAAGUGGAAACUUGGCAUUGGAGAGGAGCAUGAACUAUGGAGUGGAGGUAAGAGUUUUCCGCGGUUUUAAAUAUGAAAGUGGUGCUAAUAAAGUGUAUGUUUAUGAUGGACUGUACAGAAUAGUGGAGACUUGGUUUGCUAUGGGUAAGUCUGGAUUUGGUGUUUUCAAGUUUAAGCUUGUUAGGAUAGAAAAUCAACCUCAAAUGGGGAGUGCUAUCAUGAGAUUUGCUGCGAGUUUAAGGGUGCGGCCUUUGGAGGUUCGACCUAAAGGUUAUGUUACCCUCGAUUUGUCCUGCAAGAAGGAGAACUAUCCAGUUCUCUAUUACAAUGAUGUGGAUGGGGAUCAUGAUCCCCUUUAUUAUGAGUACAUUACAGCAUCUAUUUUCCCCCCUCAUGUGGUUGGUCUUGUGGGUACGGGUGGAUGUAACUGUAUUGGCGACUGUCUGGAUAGGACUUGUUCCUGUAUAAUGAGAAAUGGUGGCUGGUAUCCAUAUGAAUUGAAUGGAAUUCUGGUGAGAGGCAAACCAUUGAUAUUUGAGUGCGGUCCUGGUUGUAAUUGUCCGCCCACUUGCAGGAAUCGUGUAACACAAAAGGGGAUCAGAUAUCGAUUUGAAGUUUUCAGGACGAAGGAGAGAAGCUGGGGAGUGAGGUCAUUAGAUUUGAUCCAAGCUGGUUCUUUUAUAUGCGAGUAUGCUGGGCUUUGUCUUACUCGUGAACAAGCACAGAUAAUCUCUAUGAACGGUGAUGGCUUGAUUUAUCCCAAUCGCUUUACUGAAAGAUGGAAAGAAUGGGGCGAUGUGUCUCAAGUAUAUCCUACAUAUUCUUGCCCAGUAUAUCCAUCAAUCCCUCCUCUGGAUUUUGCAAUGGAUGUAUCGAGGAUGAGGAAUAUGGCUUGCUACAUGAGCCACAGUACCAGUCCGAAUGUCAUGGUGCAGCUUGUUUUGUAUGAUCAUAAUAUUGUAGCUUUUCCUCAUCUCAUGCUCUUUGCUUUAGAGAACAUUCCUCCCAUGAGAGAGCUUAGUCUUGACUAUGGUGUGGCUGAUGAAUGGAUGGGAAAACUUGCUAUCUGUAACUAGUUCGGUUCGUUGAGUUUGCUGAAUUUUGAACUUGCUGGGGAUCUCUACUGGGAAAUCUUUUUUAAGCAGGUAUGUAUGUAUGUAUGUAUGUAUGUAUGUAUGUACGUAAGAGUUGACUCAGAUAUAAAGCCUACAGUCAAUUUUUGGAGCAUUGGCAACAGUUAACAUUUUGUUGGACGAACCUGUUGAGAUUUCAAAUGAAUUCGGAGAGGAAGAUAUAGAAUUGUUGAGGUUUGAAGACAACUUAACUAAAGACUCAACUUUGUUGAAUGGAGAAAUGGGGGAAGGUGUCACUUGUCUGUCUACUUACUAUGUAUACAGAUGCCGAUGGAAUGAUGAAUUAUUAGCCUACCUGCCUGGCUGCACGAUGAAAUGAAGUUGUAGCAUAGCAGCCAGCGACUGUGUAAUUGUACAGGAGGAGGAAAUAGAUGAUGAUGAUGAUGAUGAUGACUGGGGCUUGUUGUGUUGUGUUGUGUUGUGUUGUGUUGUUGAUGGGAUGGAUGGAUGGAUGGAUGGUAGAGUCCCCACCUCUAGUACGACAGACACUUGUUAAUACAUUCCCAUGCCUUGUCUUCUUCUUCUUCUUAGAAUCUUAUUAAUGCAUAGGCUGGCAAUUUCAAAUUGGUAUUGUGGAACAUGGAUGGAUACAUUCAUACAUACAUACAUUCAUAUCCUUGUGCGUCAUCGUUGGUUCGCUCUAGAUUUUGUUUGUUAUAAAUUUCGCAAUAAAUGUUAGUUGGUUGUUACUAUA